CGCUCCAAUAUGGCCGCCAUAUUUCCUGCGCCGGAGCAGCCAAUGCGGGGUCUACUCUUAUGUCUAUGUAGGAGACGCUGUCCGAUGCUGGUACAGACGUGUGAUUGUGGUUCCGAACGAUCUACUUGCGUACACGGUUUGUCAAGUGGGAACUGGCCAGGUUUCUUUUACAGAGCCCCGUUCCAGGAUACUUUUUCCAAGUCCAUGAUAAUGUCUGUGGUUGAGCAAACCAGACUGGCGAGCUAGAUCUGUAAAACCAACAAAGGACAAGAAACAAUUCCACACAACUCCUUCCAAUCUGGAAGGAAAAGAAUCAACAAUUCUACUGAACUUCUUCAAAUCUGGAAAAGACUGAACCUCUUGGAAAAAGAGAAAUACAGCUAGGACUUCUUGAAUUGCACUGAUCUGUGAACCUGCUGAAAAGACGGAAGCUGGUUUAUCUGCAGACACAGAGCCACCAUGGAGCUGCGUCUCUCCGUCUGCGUCCUGCUGCUGCUUUGUGCUGCAAAAAGCUCAAAUGGAGGGAAGAUUUUGGUGUGGUACACUGAGGCCAGCCACUGGAUCAACAUGAAGCCGGUACUGGAGACACUGGUGGACAGAGGACACCAGGUGACAGUGCUGAUUCCGAGUGCAUCGAUGUUCAUGAACAGCAGCGAACCGUCUCGCUUCCAGUAUGAGCCUUUUAAUGUUUCCGUUCCAUUAGAGGAUAUGGAGGAUACUAUGGAGGAGUUUAGUCAGUUCUCUAUGUACGAGAUAGAUCACAUGAACUACUUCCAGAUUUAUAUCAAAUAUAUGGAUAUUAUAAGAACUGACCUACAGAAUAGUCUUAAGAUGCUAGAUGGCGUGGUGAAAUCAGAAACCCUGAUGAAGAAGCUGAAGAAAGAAAACUACGACCUGCUCUUUGCUGACCCCCUCCUACCUGGCAGCGACCUGGCAGCGGACAUGUUGGGAAUCCCCCUGGUCUUUUCUUUACGUUUUUCCUUGGCUCAUAACUGGGAGAGGAUAUGUGGUCAGCUACCUGCUCCUCCCUCCUUUGUCCCUGGAGUUAUGAGCAAACUCACGGACAAGAUGGACUUCUCAGAGAGACUGUGGAACGUCCUCUUCUACGCUCUGCAGGACGUCGUGAUCGACCAUGUUAUGUGGAAUAUGUUCGAUGAAUACUACUCAGAAGUCAAAGGAACACCCACCAGUGCGUGCGAGUUGAUGGGUAAAGCUGAUAUCUGGUUGAUGAGAACCUACUGGGAUUUUGAUUUUCCUCGUCCACUCCUGCCCAACUUUAAAUUUGUUGGAGGGAUCCACUGCAGACCAGCUAAACCUUUAUCAAAGGACAUGGAAGAAUUUGUGCAGAGCUCUGGAGAGAAUGGCAUUGUGGUCUUCACUUUGGGCUCCAUGAUUAAGAAUGUAACUACAGAGAAGGCGAACCUAAUAGCGUCAGCCCUUGCUCAGCUUCCCCAAAAGGUCUUGUGGCGAUACAACGGUAAAAAUCCAAAAACUUUAGGUUCCAACACCAGGAUAUUUAGCUGGAUUCCUCAGAACGACCUGCUGGGUCAUCCUAAAACCAAAGCUUUCAUCACUCACGGUGGAGCAAACGGGAUCUAUGAGGCCAUCUACCACAGCGUUCCCAUGGUGGGAAUCCCCAUGUUCGCUGACCAGCCAGACAACAUGGUGCACAUGGAGGCCAAAGGAGCUGCAGUCAUUCAGAACCUGAACUUCAUGACAACCGAGAGCCUCAGGGAUGCAAUCAAGACCGUCAUUAAUGACAAAUCAUACAAAGAAAACGUGAUGAGACUGUCCAAAAUCCACCAUGACAGACCCAUGACUCCUCGGGACGAGGCCGUCUUCUGGAUCGAGUUCACCAUGAGGAACAAAGGAGCCAAACACCUGAGGGUUCAGGCCCAUGAACUCACCUGGUACCAGUACCACAGCCUGGACGUCCUGGCCUUCCUCCUUAUUAUAGAUCUGCUCCUCAUCUUCAUCCUCUUCAAGAGCUGCAGCUUCUGUUUCAAGAGAUGCUGCAGCAGAAAAAAGACAAAGAGAAAAGCAGAGUAACAGACUUUAGAUUUUAGUUUUUGGGACCYGGUACCUGUGUUUGUCACCGCUGAGACUGGCUUCAUGCUGCGUUACUGUUAACAGACACAUGGGAGCUAAGAAGUCAGAAUUUUAUGACAGGAUUUUAAGAUAAUAAGACAAAAAAAGUCCAAAAUAAAGUAAAAACAAUUAUAUAUUGCAAGAAAAAAACAUGUAUGAGA